AUGGAGGAAAUAUCCAAAGACCAGGCAAUAUCGCAGGAGCAACCCGUGACAGAUAUCUCCGGGGGAAGAGUCCUUGACCAAGAUGAAUAUCGACUGGCACAAUUAGGAUACAAGCAGGAAUUACUGCGACGUCUAGGCUUCUUCGAGAGCUGGGCAGCUACUUUCUCCUCAAUGAACUUUGUCUCUGGCAUUCCUGUCCUGUUCUCCUUCAUUAUGGUCUCUGGCGGACCGAAAUCCGCAUUCGCAAACUGGACCAUGGUUGGUGGUUUCUCUUCUGUUGUCUCGCUGGUCAUGGCAGAGAUUGCGGCCGCGCUGCCAACUGCGGGUGGGAUAUAUUUCUGGAGUUAUAGACUAGGAGGGCCUAAAUGGGGACCAUUUCUGAGUUGGAUGACUGCGUGGUGGAAUUGGGUCGGAUGGAUUUGCGUCGUUCCCGGUGUUCAACAAGGAGCAACGAAUUUUCUGCUCUCUGCACUUGAGAUCAAGUAUCCCAAUGCUUCUGUUCUGGAACAGGGAUGGCUUUCAUGGCUCAUGACUGCAAUCGGGUUGUUGGUCGCCAUGAUACCAACCGUCACAUCUCAGCGGAUUUUGUACGCAUCCGGCCACUUCCAAAGCCGGGAAGUAGUAUUUAAUAAAUUCUACAACGGCAUCAACGAGGGUCCCAAGAAACAGGCUUCCGAUUCGUAUUGUUGGAUUAUCGGUAUCCUCUUCGGAGCAUGGGUCUUUUACGGAUAUGAUACAUCCGCACAUUUAGCAGAAGAGACGCAGAAUGCAAGCAUCGUUGUCGCAAGAGGAAUGUGGUUGUCGACAUUUUGUGCCUGGCUCGGCUCCGUUCCAACUCUCAUAAUUAUGCUUUUCUGUAUGCAGGAUUUCAACGCGAUUAUCAAUUCAUCAUAUACAAACAGUUUCGCCGAAUAUCUCCUUCAGAUCGUUGGCCCGAAUGGUGCCGUUGGUAUAUUGGCUCUUUUAUGGGUUGAUUCGACUUGCGCCACAGCAUCAUGCUUCAUGUCUGCUCAGCGCGUCACAUUCGCCAUAUCCCGCGAUGGCGUCCUCCCGUUUUCUCGAUUAUUCCGCAAACUCAACAGUAGAAAAGUCCCUGUCAACGCGGCCAUUCUCGUCUGCGUCCUUAGUAUCGCUAUUACAUGUGCCGUGAUUGGGUCCGAGGUGGCUUUUUCGGCUAUUACUGCGACAGCUACGAUCGCAACGAACUUUUCAUACCUGAUUCCUAUCGUGGCCCGAUACACUAUUGGCCGAAAGUACUUUGAGCCUGCUGCGUGGAAUCUGGGCCGGUAUGGACCCUUCCUUGCCUUUAUUGCGGGAGGGUAUAUCAUGCUCUUGUUCGCGGUGCUGUUGCUACCGCAAGUUUAUCCUGUUACGGCGGAAUCCCUCAAUUACGCGCCAAUCUGCAUUGGCAUCGUCACGAUUGUCAGUCUUGUGGGAUGGAUUCUUCCCUUUGGGCUUGGAGGAAUGCAUUGGUUUACUGGCCCCAAGAAGACCGUAGAGGAUGCAAUACCUUCUAGUCCACCGAAGCCACCCACUACCAAGGUAUGA